UCAACUAGUCAAGCAAAACAGAAAUUCUCUAACCGCUACAAAUCGACGCUCAAACUUUCUCAGCUUCCAAACAAAACCCAUCAAUUUUUCCAAUGUCAAUCAUCCCCAACUUCCGACGAGGCAGCAUUUUCGAUCCUUUCUCUCUCGAUCUCUGGGAACCCUUAAAGGAAUUCUCAUUCCCUUCCUCCUCAUCAAUCUCCACAUUCCCUGAAUUUUUCCGGGAAAAUUCAGCUAUCCUGAACACCAGAAUCGACUGGAAGGAGACCCCAGAAGCCCACGUGUUCAAGGCAGACCUCCCGGGACUGAAGAAAGAAGAGGUGAAGGUGGAGGUUGAAGACGACAGGGUGCUUCAGAUCAGCGGAGAGAGGAACGUAGAGAAGGAGGACAAGAGCGACAAGUGGCACAGAGUGGAGCGCAGCAGCGGCAAGUUCUUGAGGAGGUUUCAGCUUCCUGAGAAUGCAAAGGUGGACGAGAUUAAGGCUGCAAUGGAGAAUGGGGUUCUAAGUGUCACUGUUCCAAAGGCAGAGGUGAAGAAGCCUGAUGUCAAAGCCAUUGAAAUCUCUGGUUAAUAUCGUCUCUGCGGGCACCUUCACAUUAUGUAUUUCUAUGUUUGAUUUUGGAGUGUCAGUUGGCAUCAAUGUUGAUAUCAACGAAAUGAGCUUGAGUGUUUGUAACAUAAUGGCUUGUAACUUGUUCGUUUUUAAUAUAAAUGGAUCGUAAUUGAGGCUUUGCCUGGUUCCUAUUUUGAA